UACUAUUUUGUUGAUAAUAGUAAACAUAUCCCUAAAACGAUCGCAACCUUUAAACAAGUGAUGUAGUAUUAAUAUAACACAAAAUACAAAAUGUACCAACUCAACGAUGAUUGCCUGCUGCACAUAUUUAAAUUACUCAACAUCAAGGAUCAACUCAGUUUGGCGCAGGUCUCUGAACAAUUUCGCUACCUCAUAGUCAGUGGUAUAUGGUCCAGAAGGUUUCGAAACAUUUCCACACAUGAAACUUGUUUCCAAUCUCUUUCCAUUAUGGAAUACAAAAACUUUUUUCAACUCAAUGCCGAAAAUAUUCGAAUACUACACAUCGAGGAUACAAAGCAUUUUGCCUUCACCAGCUAUCUGAAUCGUUACACCAACCGCCCGGACUUCUCCUUCUAUUUCUCUUUGAGAAUGGCCAACUUAAAAGAGCUGUAUUGCCACGAUCAACGCCUGCAUGAUGGCUACAUUGAAAUGUUAAGUAAAUAUUGUCCUCUAUUGGAGAUCUUUCACACCGAGAGUACUCAUAUCACGGGAGCCUAUAUGGAUCAUUUGCCAAUGUUGCGUGAGGCUAGAAUGGGUGAUAGAAUCAUUAAAUUUGAAAGGAGUUACAGUCAAGUGCCACAAAUACAACCGGCAGUGUGUAUAUUAACCAACUGAGGCAGUACACAUGUAACAAGUGUACAAAGAUGGUCAUUAAAGGUUCCAUCCUUAAGAAAUAAUAACCCUUGGAACAGCUGUAAUUUUUCCCACACAAGAAAUGCAGACACAUACGUGGAAGUUAAUCAAAUGUAAUGGUGAUACAAGCAGAGCCGUGUUAUAGUAAAUUUAUAUAAAAAUCCCAAUCCCCCUAUAGUUAAUAGGAAAAUAUGGUGCUAUUGUUUAAAGUUUUAGUUUUAACUUACUCCCACAACGGGCAAAAAGAGCCCAUGCCUCUGCUUUAAAUCGACUCUUGAAAGUGAAAUUUUCUUUCAAUUACUUUGCAACCAUAAAAAGACUUUCAGCUAGGUCAGCAACUUGUCGUUGAUUGGAAAAAAAUCAAUUAGUAUUAGGUUAAUAUUUUAUAAGAGUAGAUGGUAUAGAAUGUCUGCGGUCUCCAAUAUGGGUUUGUUGUAGCCUCCAAGAGAAAUGGUUUGCAAUUUAGCUUCUGUCGUUUAUAAAGAGUGAUAUGUUCUACGCGCCAAAUAGUAGUUCUACAAAAGGGACAAGGAUAAUAGUUAAUUUAUAUAAAAAUAAAUAAUUUUGUUUUUCAAUAAAAAAAAAAUAUUUUUAAAAGUGUGUGAAUACUAUGAAAAAAAUUAAUUUUUUAAGACGCAAAAAAUGGUAUAUAUAUUGAUAUAUGUAUGUACAUACUCAUAUCACUACCCACUCCAUGUGAAAUAAACAGAAUUCGAAAUGUAAAAUUUGACAAAAACUAUUUCGACAAUUUGAAAUGAAAGUGCGCUUUUGUGUACCUAAUAAAACGAAACAAAUCUUA